AAGAAACAUAGCGUGAGAUCUCGAGCUCGAGCUCGAGCUCGAGCUCUCGCUCUUCCCCCACCCUUUUCCCAUUUCCCCUUUCCAAUUUCCACCAUUCAAAGCCCUUCCCCUUCCUCCCCAUUUCCUAGGGUUUUCCCCUCCCCUUCCUCUCCAUUUCGAUGCCUUAGUGCCCCUCCUCCGACCCGGAUCUGAGCCCCCACCCCACAUCCCCACCCCCAACCCCACCCGAACCCCCAUGGGCGCCGACGAUUCCAACCCUAGGAAGUCAUGGCUCCCGCCGCCGGCGGCGGCGGCAGAGGAGGAGGAGGAGGAGGAGGAGGGGGGAGUGGGGACCUGGCUGAUCAGUUCUCCGGCCUCGGCGUAAGGGACUCCUCGAAUGAUAACUUGUACCAGGUAAUCAAGGCAGUCGAAGACGCCGAGAACACGAUCAAGCAGCAGAUGGAAGAUAAUAACCUAUUAAGGGACGAACUCUGGCGAAAAACACAAGAACUAGAAAGAAUUAAGUUAGAGGCUACAUCUUUUCGGCCUUCUGCCAAUGUUAUCAGAGAUGACCAUACAGUGGAACCCCGCAAAGCCCAUGUCUCAAAUUCUCCAAUAUCAAAUGAAGCUGAUAGGUCCAGAUGGCUUGAUAAUGGUCCUUCAGUGAAUCCUCAAGGUACUCUUGUCAGAGUUCCUGAGAGUGAUGAGCCUUCUUUACAGACUAGUGCAGGGAAUCCGCACUACUCUGAAAGCAACAGGAUGAAUGGAACUCUGAAAAAAUUACACGGAGGACUAGCCACUGUUGAAAGUGCUGGUCCAUCUCAACGUUCCACGCCAUCGUCUAGAUCGCUUUCUCCCACUAGGCAUCGGAAAGAAGGAGAGUAUGAACCUAGAUUGAACUUAUCUGGGCAGGGUUUAAUGCCGGUCUCAGAAAUUAACUCGAACAUCCUUUGGAAGCAGGAUCUUAGUGUAAAGGUUAGGCAGCACGAAGAAGAGAUUGCUCAGUUAAGAAAACAUCUGAGUGAAUACUCAAUGAAGGAAGCACAAAUACGUAACGAGAAGUUGGUUCUUGAAAAGCGCAUUGCUUAUAUGCGUAGAGCAUUUGAUCAGCAACAGCAAGACUUGAUUGACGCUGCAUCGAAAGCUUUAUCCUACAGACAAGAUAUUAUUGAGGAAAACAUUCGGCUAACAUAUGCAUUGCAAGCAGCACAGCAGGAGAGAUCGACUUUCAUAUCUUCUUUGGUGCCUAUUCUUUCAGAAUAUGGUAUGCAGCCUUCCGCACAUGAUGCCCAAUCAAUCGUUAGUAAUCUGAAGAUUUUGUUUAGGCAUUUGCAGCAGAAGCUUACAAUCACUGAGGAGAAAUUGAAGGAGUCUCAGUAUCAGAUAACUCCUUGGCAACCAGAAAUUUCAAACAAUACAGGCUUUCCUCCACAAUCGCCUUCUCAUCCUCCUGUAACAUCAUUGAUUACCCCUACCAAAAAUAGCCUUGAAAUUGUACCACAGCCAGCAUAUGCACAUGCACAAUCUCCGAUCUCUUCUCCUAUUGUGCAAACUAGAGGGGAGUGGGAGGUAUUAGGAAAUCAAAGUCACCAAGGGGGUCCAACUGGGGUUACAAUGAGGAAUGUGGAUCAUGAUAAUUUGGGGGGUAGGAACUUGCCUUCAACAAGCAGGAACCCUGUUUCACAAGACAUUUCAGCUCGAGCAACUCAAGGCGAUUCUCAUGUAGUGCGUUUUAAUGUCGAAUCCAAGAAUCAGAAUCCGUCAUUCAAGGAUCUUGCUAGGGUUGGUGAAUUGGAAGAAGCUGAGGCUUCUGGAGUUCAGCCUGGUAGUGAAACUUCUACCCAUUGGAUGGGUCCUGGAACCUCACCGAAUUUGACUUCUGCGCAUGAUGAUCCCAACUCCUACCCUUACCUUCCGACUGUUCUUGAGGAGCCUGGCUCUUCAUUUUCUGAAGCCGCAGAAGAUGAUCCUUUGCCAGCUAUAGAAGGGCUUCGAAUUUCUGGUGAAGCUUAUCCAGGAAGACAACUUCAGGCAAGUGGGUACUCCAUGAAUGGAACAACCACUUGUAACUUUGAGUGGGUACGCUAUUUGGAAGACGGGUCAGUGAAUUAUAUCGAUGGUGCCAAGCAACCCAGUUAUCUUGUUACUGCUGACGACGUGGACUGUUACCUAGCCAUUGAAGUCCAACCCCUGGAUGAUAGGAAGCGGAAGGGCGAACUUGUAAAGCAAUUUGCUAAUGAGCAAGGAAAGAUCACUUGCGAUCCUGAAAUGCAAGAGCAGAUUAAGAGAACUCUUUCAGUUGGGCAUGCAUCUUAUGAAGUUCUCUUGUUAUCUGCUAGAUUUCUAGAUAUAUGGGAUCCUGCUGUUCUGGCAAUCAAGAAGGAAGGCUACAGCAUUAAGUGCAAUGGUCCGCGUGGUGUUGUUGUCACGGAGAAAUUUCAGCAAGCAACAACGAUUACAAUUCCAUACGGACAACCGAAUGAGUUUACAAUCCAGUCUGCUGAUGGUGGUGACUACGUUUUAAAGACGGCAGCGAAUGGCCCGUCUCGGGAUUCCAUUGUGCUCACACUUAGAUUGUUUAAAACCAUGGCCGUGGAGAAGAGAAAAGGGAGGAGAAAGGGGUUAUUCUUCAAGUAGACUCUCCGCAGAUUCGCUGCGGCAAUUUGUAUGUAUCUGCUAUCCUCUAUUACAUAUUGAGUGUAUAUUUAAUGUGUCACUAGAAGGCUUCGGUCGUCGUGGUAUCACCAAUCAGCUGUAGAGAUCAUUGCCUAAUUAUUGCCCCAAAAAAUUUGCGCUCUUAUUUAAGAGCUUUUUAAUGUCAAAACAAUGCAAUUUUUUCUCAAUUUAUCUUGCUGUAUAUUCCUUAAAGAAUGUUGGGCUCUUGUGCUAUGCAAUUAAACAUUAGGUUUGGACA